CUGAAAAUGGCGAAAAAGGGCAUAGUUCACCGCAAGGGAAGGACAUGUUGGAUUCAACCUUGGCAAAAAUACUGGUUGAAUGCACCAACACUCCUUUGGGCAAGCAAAGCCCUGUUUCAGUGGGACGGAAAGACAACAGUUUAAAAAGAGCUGAUUGUGGCAGCAGUUGCUGUCAAGAAAAAGAUGCUAUUAUUGGCGAACUCAAGUUGGAAAUCAAAUUUCAAAAAGAUCUCAAUAAGACAUUCUCAAUGCAGACGACUGUUUUGACUGACGUGAGGGAGUUGUUAUUGAAGUUCAGUAGCCAGCAACUAAUAUCUACACCUAGCCAGCAACUAGCUCCACCUAGUACGUCUAACAGCGGCAACUUUUUAAAUUAUGCCAACCAGUCAAGCACAUCAGGCAAUUUGACGGGCCAUCCGAAAUUUGUUGGGGGAAACUGUGCUCAGAUGCCAAACUCAGAAAUGUCAGAUAAGAUUGGCAGUGACUCAUUGGGAGAUACGUUAUCCACGAUCGAGGAUGAAAGUGAUGGCCAACUUUACGAUCACAAAAGUUUUCCGAUACCUGAAACUGUAAUGCGUAGGCUGAUAAAGGGUCCCGUCACACACUUUGUUUCGCACUUAAUGGACAAGUUGUACACGGAUCAGUACCUAGCGACCCAUAAAAUGACCGAUAUGGGAGGUAGCGGCGUGGGAAGCAAAAGACUUGCCAUGAACAAACAUGAGCUUCAACAUAUAAUUGAUAGAGUUCUAGAUUGCGGAUUGGUUAACCUGGAUGGGUCUUUAGUAAAUGAAAAAAUGGUAAAAAAUGCAAUCUCUCGCAAAUUCAAUAAUUCCCGUGCUAAGUAGACGACAUUGUAUUUUUCCUUUUCACUACUUCACUAUGACUCUUCCGUCAACGUGCUGUUUGUUGUAUUUAAUGAGUAAAAUACAAUUAACUG